AAACCCCAUCUCUCCUGGUCUUCUCUGUCUGCUCUCUCUGUCCUGAGAAGCUGCUUGUAAUAAGAGAAAACAGAGAGAGAGAGAGAUGCAGCAACAUCUAAUGCAGAUGCAACCCAUGAUGGCAGCUUUCGAUCCCAACAGCAUCACUACAGAUAUCAUUCAACAGUAUCUGGAUGAAAACAAGUCACUGAUUCUGCAGAUUCUCGACAAUCAGAAUGCAGGGAAACUUGGUGAAUGUGCACAGAAUCAGAUAAAGCUUCAACAGAACCUUAUGUACCUCGCCGCUAUUGCAGAUUCUCAACCUCAACCGCCCCCCAUGCAUUCUCAGUUUCCUCCUAAUGCUGCCAUGCAACUGGGGGCACGUUACUUGCAACACCAGCAAGCACAACAGAUGACACCACAGUCACUCAUGGCCGCCCGAUCAUCAAUGCUAUAUGCACAGCAGCCACUGUCUACACUGCAGCAGCAAGCUCUUCAUAGCCAGUUGGGCAUGAGCUCUGGGGCAAGCAAUGGACUCCACAUGCUGCACAGCGAGACUGGUUUGGGAGGGAAUAGCAGCAUGCUUGCAGCCAGGGGCUUCCCCAAUUUUGGCCGCAGCACUGGGGAGGGCUUGCAGGCUGCAAACCGAGGAAUGGCAGGUGCAGGCAAGCAGGAUGCUGUAGGUGUGGGGUCCACGGCUGGGAAUGCAGGAGGCCAGAGUAGAGAUGGGACUGAACCUUUCUACCUGAAAGGCUCUGAAGGAGAGGCAAACUGAGGGGCGGUGGUGGCCGUUGCCAGCCGACUGAUGCAGAUGGGGAAACCUCUGAGGUUGUUAACAUAACUUGUAGGAUUUUUAUUUUUUUUUAGAGCUAAAGACGAUUCUGUUGCCUAUUUGAGCUUGUGGGUUCUUCAACUAUCUGAUGAAUGAUGAUGACAACGGCGACAACAUCGAUAUGAAAUGUUUUGUUUGAGACUUGCAUUAAGUAUUAGUUAUUGUAAAUUUGUAACUUAGCCAAGGAAUGGACAUUUUCUCUCA